AUUAUCAUUUUCUACGUAUUCUGGCUUCUUCCCUGUUUGGUGUACAUGUGCUUUAUUUAUAUUGGUGAACACUUAAAAUUGCGACGGAUUAGUAAUUCGGAGUUCAAGUCGAACUGUUCGCUACUGCCUUUUACCGUUCCGUUUCUUCCAAGUCCCUGCAGAGGAACGCCGGUGUUCAGGCGCUAGGUGAAGUCCUUCUUUCCUAUGAAACCCAUCAUGGUGCAAAUUUCAGUUUGACAAAGUUUAAGAGAGUUCAUCAAUGCCCGAUCGAAUCAGCCAUAACAUUUGAUGGGAUAAGUUUAACUGUUCCAAUACACAGGGUCAAGAAAAACUAAGACGAUUACUAACGAUAUAGGAUAUAGGAUUUCAUACCGAUCAAUUAUAGUAACAGGAACUUUAAUCUAGCUGUUAAGCAGCUAAAGGAGUAGACCAACGUCUUAAAAACUGCUUUGAGUAGGGUUUUCCUGCUUUGACGACAAGAAGGCCCCGUGGUGAGAACUGCAAGGAAAAAGCUCGCGUUUUCCCUUACGGAUAUUUUCCACUUGAAACAACCUGGCCAACGCAGAUUCAACUAAGCUCAUAUUCGUCGCUGGAUUUACCAAGUACAAGAAAGCCGACCCGCGGGCUGUUUUGGUCGAAAAACGAAACGUAUCAAAUGUCAAUUCGAACUGGCGAAUAUCUUCGUUGAGGAAUAAACCUUUUCUAGACGGGAUGCUAACCUGCAAUUCGGGGACAAACAUAAGGAAGUUGUUAUUCGCACGGCCAAUGACCGCUGAAAGUAAACAGAAUCAUGAAACCAAUCACUCCGUUGAAAAGCAUUCAUUUGAUUCGCGGAGAGUGUUGACAUUCCCCGACCUAGACAGUUAAAGUGCAAGACAACCGGAACUAAAAUGGCGCAGUCAGUAGCAAGUCGAGUUGCCGCACUUCGAGAUGGUGAGCAUCAAGGAUACGCCAUCACGGCUGCACCACGACCAAAGAUCAGUGAUCAUGACGACCCUGACAAGGGAAGACAUCGCCAGCGAGAACGGGAAGUGAAUCGCUUGAAACAGUCCAUGCUUGCUUACACGGAUAAGGUAAAGCAGUUGACUUCUGAAAGACAUUCUAUGCAAAGUACGGGCAAGUUUGGGAAUGAUUUGCAGGUGACUGCGCAACAUAUCACUCGGUCAAGUAGUUUACCGCGGCUCAGUAACCGAGAUCGGAGGGUGCAGUGGCUUCGUGAGCAUUUCUCAAGGUCUAACGAUACAUGCAUGGGCUUCUAUAAGGACAGAUUGGGAAUUGAUAAGGAUAUUGGUUCUAGAAACAAUAUGGCCAGUCACAAAGAUCAGCCGAAACGGCCGAAGAAGGGACGAGGGAGAAAGCACCCGGAGGAAUUUGAACGCGGUAAACAGGCUUGGCGUGAAGGAAAUCAGGCAGAACAUUGGCAGGUUGGUACCUCUUAUGUGCUUGGACAAAAGGAUGACAUCGGGUAUGACAAGGAUACAUCAAGGAAAGUGGACACUGACAAUUCUAGAAACGGUGAUGAUUCGAAAAAAGGAGUUGAGGAGGAGGAAACAUUGCAGAAGCCAGAAGAGGAGAAGUGUGUUGUUACUAUGUCUGCAGUUGAAAAACAUUUGAAGGUGCGUCAGGUCCAUCAUGCGGAUAGACGACAUAGGCAGACCAGCUUCAAAGGCGUAAUCACUGCACUGGUGCCGUCAGAGCAAGAGGAUGUCAAAGAAGAAGGGGUUUUAGAUAGUAGGGGCCAUGCGGCAAAUUUGAGCAAUAGGAAGAGUCAAAAAUCCAUCGGUGUAGAUCAUUCAAAUGAAGCAAAACUGACUCAACAGAGACACACCAAACAAGAAAAACUCGAGGAACAGUUUUUCACUUCGGCUUCCCUUAGAAAUAGUGAAGGCCGUCGGUUGCAGGUUGACACAAUGGAGAAACACCCAGAUCCUGUCCCGCUUUCACCAAAACCAGAUGACUUAAAGAAACACUGGGACACCAGGAAACACAACUUGUCCCGUAUGAACAUUCGUAAAAAUAAAAGGCGUCAAAAACGCCAUGGAGUCAGAACGACUGAACUGAACGUAAUACCGGAAAAUAGCAUUUUUGUGUGCAAGCAAACACCGUAUGAACCUCAAUCAACCCCGCACGAGAACCGAGUCUCAUCGAUCCUAGAAAAUAUCCAGGAAAGUAUUGAAGAAAAUGACAGAUUUUCAAGCAGUCAUGCAUCUGUGUCUAACAUUGAGAUCGUCAGAGAUCUUGAUUCUUCUAAAGACAAAAUGGUGAUAAAUAUAAAAAUUAUGCGCGAACCGAAACACAAGACGCCAGAAGACACAAUCUCGGCAACUGACACUAUAAAACGGAUACAGCAUAGCUUACCCGAAGGGACAAGGUUGGUUUUGCCGCCCCUUUUGAGCAGCACUAAGAGGAAACAGAAGAAAAUCAAGCGGCUCCGGUAUCUUAGAGAUGGAUAAGGCUAAAAAUUGUAUUUUUCAUUUCAAAUUUUCGAGUUGAAAAGACAUUUUUAUACCUCAAGUUUGACAUGGGUUUUUUUCUGUGUUCAAGACCCAGUCUUUCCUAUGAAUAAUGUGGGGGAAAGGGGUCGUCUCGUUAUCCCUGCAGGAGCACCACAAAAAUCCAAGGCAAUGUUGCAUUGUGCUCUAUUAGAAAGCU